GUUGAGUGUCGCCGCAGAAAACACGGAGCUAGUGAGCAGGCUACAAUAACUGCUGCGGGCGGCCGACGAGGCCCCGUUUUGGGACACAUACAGCAAUAACGACGCAAUGGGCCGCCGAGAGGCCCUCGAGGCCCCCGUCACCAAGAACACGCGCCGCAACGGCUAAGAGUUUCCAUGGACGCCCUGCGACCACGAGCAGCCACCAUGUCCGUCCGCAGUCUGCACAGGAGAGUCUCAGGAGACUCGGAGCGCGGCGGCGGCGGCGAGAUGGGGGAGGGAGGGCGGCGGGUAUCGCAGCGCGUGCCCAGCCUCAAGCUGGCGAACGGCCGCGUCAGUGGCAGCAGCGGCGGCAUCGCGGCCAGAGGCAGCAGCGUCGGCGGGUGCACACAGUCGCAGGAGGAGAUCCGCUCUCCUCGACUCGCCAAGGAUGACUCGAUCAAGAUCAGCAUCGAAAACACCAACACGUGCACCGACUCGCUGGUGACCGCCUUGGACGACGAGACCUUCCUCCUCACCGAUGUCUUUUUGUCCAGCGACAUGAACUACCGAGACACCAUCGGCAGCGGCACCACCGGCUCACACCACCACGUCGGAAAGGUGCAUUUUGGUGGCGACGACGUGAGCCUUUACGGGACACCCAAGGAGGAACCAGGACCGACGCACAUCAUGCCGGGCAGUGCGGCGGGUGGUGCGAGUAAUGGGGGCGCGAGUGGGACCGGGUCUGCGGGGGCCCACGGACCAAGUGGUGCGUCGGGCGAAAAGCAGGGCUUCAUCAAGAACCACCUGCAGGCCCUAUUCCAGCCCACCGAUAAUAAACUGGCCAUGAAGUUGUUCGGCAGCAAAAAGGCGCUCAUGAAGGAGCGCAUCCGGCAGAAGGCGGCCGGCCACUGGGUCAUACAUCCCUGCUCCAAUUUUAGAUUUUACUGGGACCUGUGUAUGCUGCUGUUAUUGGUAGCGAACCUUAUCAUCCUGCCAGUUGCCAUCUCGUUCUUCAAUGAUGAUCUUAGCACGCGGUGGAUUGCCUUUAACUGUCUCUCAGACACCAUCUUCCUCAUAGACAUCGUCGUCAACUUCCGCACUGGUAUAAUGCAACAAGACAACGCAGAGCAAGUUAUUUUGGACCCUAAGUUAAUCGCGAGACAUUACCUUAGAACGUGGUUUUUCUUGGACCUCAUCAGUUCGAUACCUUUAGAUUAUAUUUUUCUCAUCUUCAAUCAGGUGAGCAAGGAUUUCAGUGAAAGUUUCCAAAUCCUGCACGCGGGCCGAGCGUUACGCAUCCUGCGGCUCGCCAAGCUGUUGAGUUUGGUGCGACUGCUGCGACUUUCAAGACUCGUGAGAUAUGUUAGCCAAUGGGAAGAAGUAUACAUCACACUCGAAGCAUCAUCCAAUAGGGAAUCUUCUCCGCGUGGCAGUGGAUGUCACUCGUAUUGCUCGCGUCGAUCACGAAAGAUCUUGCAGAACCUUCAAAAAAAGCGCACAGAAAGGAGAGGUCGCCUCAACUCUGAUGUUUCAAGCAAAAAGAAGCAAAAGUUCACCAAAAGCAAUCUCAUUUUUAAGUUCCUCAACAUGGCUAGUGUGUUCAUGCGGAUCUUCAACUUGAUUUGCAUGAUGCUCCUCAUAGGUCAUUGGUCGGGUUGCCUUCAAUUCCUCGUCCCAAUGUUGCAAGGAUUCCCCUCAAACUCUUGGGUUGCAAUCAACGAAUUACAGGAGGCGUUUUGGCUGGAGCAGUACUCGUGGGCGCUGUUCAAGGCCAUGUCACACAUGCUGUGCAUCGGCUACGGCCGCUUUCCCCCGCAGUCCCUGACGGACAUGUGGCUCACCAUGCUGUCCAUGAUAAGCGGGGCGACGUGCUACGCCCUCUUUCUGGGACACGCGACCAACCUCAUCCAGAGUCUCGAUUCCUCGCGCCGCCAGUACCGCGAGAAGGUCAAGCAAGUGGAGGAGUACAUGGCAUACCGCAAACUGCCGAGGGAAAUGCGCCAACGAAUUACAGAGUACUUUGAGCACCGCUACCAAGGGAAAUUCUUCGAUGAAGAGGCAAUCCUUGGAGAGCUCUCUGAAAAACUACGUGAGGAUGUGAUAAACUACAACUGCCGCUCAUUGGUGGCGUCAGUGCCUUUCUUUGCUAAUGCUGACCCCAAUUUUGUGUCUGAUGUUGUCACAAAACUUCGAUAUGAAGUUUUCCAACCAGGUGAUAUCAUCAUCAAAGAAGGAACCAUCGGCAACAAGAUGUUCUUCAUUCAGGAGGGCAUCGUUGACAUCGUGAUGGCCAACGGCGAGGUCGCGACGUCGCUCAGUGAUGGCUCGUACUUUGGCGAAAUCUGCCUGCUGACCAACGCCCGGCGCGUGGCCAGCGUGAGAGCCGAGACGUAUUGCAAUCUCUUCUCUUUGUCGGUGGAGCACUUCAACGCGGUGCUGGACCAGUACCCGCUCAUGCGGCGCACUAUGGAAAGCGUCGCGGCUGAAAGACUGAACAAGAUCGGAAAGAAUCCCGCAAUGGUUGCACAACAUAACGACGAAGAUUCACAAACUGCUGAGAGCACAACAAUAAGCGCCGUUGUGAAUGCGCUGGCCGAGCAGGCCGACCACGUGUCCAGCUCCGAGGAGUCGAUGCACCCUGGGCCGCUGCUGGGCAAGACGCUGCACCGACUCAACUUGCCGCGGCCAAAGUCGGAGAGCAACUUCUCGUCGCAGGAGCUGCACGUGGGAAGCAGAGGCGGGCCCCCUGCGUUCCACAAGUCCGACACCUUCCACCGCGAGUCCUCGUUCCAUUGACAAAGGAGAAACAUGGCCCCCAUGCCCGCCUCCGGGGGCCAUACGCCUCACCACAGACAGCAGCCUUGCGCUUCUUCAUCUUUUUAGUUCUACACCCCACACUCCCACGCAGAAGGAUGAAAGAGAAACCGCGCGAACACAAACAAAAACACACAUUCACCACUCUCACACACACUCACACACCAAAAAGUAAGAACAAUUACUGAAAGCUGACACGACCCGCCCUUUUUGGAACAAAAUGAUGUGCUAUCUAGUCAAUGUCGUUCAACAUUAUUAGGGAAAAGUCUCCUCCUCGGCAAACUCGGUUAGUACGAAUUAAUAAGUUGGUCAAUAACUAGCCCUUUGUAAAUGAACUGAAACGCUCAAAUUUUAAACAAGGUUGACAUUAUUAUAAUCUUUUUAAUUACAUAGUGAAAUUUUAUAUCAUUUUGUCAUUUUCAAUCAAACUAAUUGUAAGAGACUUACUUAGGUUUCAUUAUAGUUCCCUCGCAUUUUCAAUUUUAACUCUGUUAUCUCUUUUUCAAGAACUAGCAUUAAGCUUAUUGAUGUUUUUAUUUUAAAUAUAAAAUAUCCACAUUAAUUGUCUAUUUUUUAAAUUGGAAUUCAUACAAACUUUAUUUCCUCUGAUUUUAUUGAAUUCUUUUAUAUGUGCUAAUUUUACUAAUUUAGUUUGUAAUCUAUCCUAAUUAGUUAAAUAAUUUUUACUCUCAUAUAUUUUAUUUUUAUAUUUCAUUAAUUUUUAAACUUUUUAAUACAAUUUUUUUAUUCCAUAGACAAAUUUCUAGUCAAAUUUUUCAUUAUCACAGUUGACUGCAACCGCACAACAAACUAACCAAAAUGGUUUUAAAUUGAAUAAAAAUAUAAAACAAUUUACUAUUUUGAUCAUUAAUUAAACGAUUAGCAAUCAAAUGUAGGUGUUGUACUAAUUAAAAUUUUUAUUUACCAGUAUUUACAAAUAUUUAUAUUUUUCUUUUCAAAAACUGCAGUCAACUGGGAAAAUGUCCUUUGCAGUUCAACAAUUUAAAAUUUACCUAAAAUGGCUUUUAAAACCCACCAGAAAGUUAAUUCUGUAGCGUUUAUUUGAUUCACAUACUUUUGUGCACUGCACAAUAGCAGCUGCCGGCCGUAAAUAAAAUUAACUCUGUGCGCCGAGUCGAGGAGAGAAUUCUUAGUGAUAUGGAAAACUUAGAUAGGAGAAAAAAGUAGAAUUUUCUUUGCGCGUCUGUUCUACUUGUAUUUGAGACCUUUUUAGGCCCAUAAUGAAAUAUAAGAGAAAUAUAGUUGUUUUUCAUAUAACCUCUGCAACACACAUUGAAAAAGUGAAGAGGUGGCUGUGUUUCUAUGUUCUUCCGCUGAAAUAGUGGCGCAAUGCUUAAUUACGUGAGGGAAAUUAACAGAAUAAUGAGAGAGAGGAAUAAUGCAAAAGAAAAACAAACAGUCUAUCAUUAAGUGCUAUCUCUGUGAGGAAAAGGGAAAUAAACCAAAAACGUAAAUCUGUAAGUUGGUGUGCGUCGGCUACGUAUAAGUUGUAAUUUUAGCAAAAAGCAAAACGCGCGUGUUCAAUUGUUACUCGUUGAAAAAAGUAACACGGCGAUGCGGAAUAAUUAACGAAGCGAAAUGAAAGAAACGAACAACAACAAAUACUGUAUAAAACACGAAAUGGGAAUAGUGAUUCAUUUUUAUAAAUGAUAACAAGAGGGUGAAGCGGGAAUUGAUUUAGCAGUUGGUUCGAUUGUGCUCAACUUGAGAAUGAAUUCUACUUAGGAAACUAAUCUCAAAUCAAUGAAUUUCGUUCCGUUUUUGUGAUCUUGGAGUGAUGGUUUUUGCAAAUUUUUACUGUAUAUCCGUUUCUGAAUAAGUUGUCGUUUCUGGUCAUCACUCCAGGAAAAAUCAAAAUAGUCACACACAGCUUCACUGACUUUCGAGCUGACAGAGGAUAACUGAGGAGAAUGCGUGCGUGUUGAUUGAUUGAUUUUUAUUACAUAAGCGUAUAGUUGAAAAUGGUAUAAUAUAUAUUUAUUAGAAAUGUGCAAUAUUUAGAUACAUACAAAGAGAUAAGUAGCUUUAAAAGAGGAUUAAAAAUUAAUACACACAGAGAAAUGAAGCAGAGUUUAAUUAAGCAACGUUGAGAGAUCAGAAUAAAUUACAAUUUAGCAUGCUCAAUAAAAACGAUGAAAAACGUGAAAAAAUAAAACUACUACCAACUACACUAGAGAGCUGUGUUUUACACCCCAUCUCACACACACACACAAAAACUGGAAGGCAGCGCGAUGGUGAUGAAAAGAAUGUGGUAUUAACAGUUAAAACGAAAGCCUGUCAGUAUUUUACUAAAAACACGCAUCAAUGUAAAAGAAACGCGUUUUCUCAAUUCUUUGCAAGGUCUAUAUAUCUAUUGUUGCGAGCAUAUAUAUAUUUGUUUUUCUCACUUUAUAAACUCUAUUAUAUUAUGCAGAUUUCUACGUAACAAACCCCCUUUUCUGCGCUUGAAAAUGAGUGGUUUUUUGGCUUUGCUCUUCAUAUGGCUGGUCCAUCUGAUUAAAAUUUGAUGUUUAACACCAGAAAGUCUUAUGUGCUCUUUGUGUCCUAAUCAAAUAUGCACUUAUCCACUUAAAAAUCGCAAUUUUUUGCAAUAAUUUUAAAACACUAAAAUUCUCACUUUUUAAUUUUACUUUAUUAUUUAUAUCCACGUGUUUGGUCUGCAGGCAGAGAAAGCUUGCGCGCCAAAAUCUAGUUUUGUGUGUAGUUUUAUGACUUAAUUAUUUUAGUAUUAAUAAAAUUAAAAAUUAUACAAUUCAACCUCUGGCUUGAAAAUUUUACCCUUCUGACCUAAUAUCAUCCCAUCAUUUGAAUUUUCUAGAAACAAAUUUCUUCAACCCUUCCACAUAUUGUAUUCAGAAUUUAUAUUAAAAAGUAAAUGUUUUCACUUAUUAUCAAAAUUAUACAUUGCGACUUCGACACAAUGCACAAAAUGAAUGUUCGUUUAAUUCCAGCAGUAAUCUCAAAUUAGUGUAAGAAUACUGACGCGUUCGUCGCAGUAUUUGAUUUUGUGUCACGAGAGAAAGACAAACCAAAGUGAGAGUCAAGAAUCGAUUAGCCUUUUGAGCCUGCAAUAAUUGAUCGUUGAUAACGAUUCGUUAUUCAAACGCAAACACACGUUUUUGAGCGUAAUAUAAUUAUCUCUGUACAUACAUUUGCAAAAUGUAUAUUAUUCAAUUAUGAAUUACAAUUAACUUAAUUGCCAAGGAAGGAUUUAUUACUGUUGACUCACAAAAACACACACACAAAAAAUGAGGGAAAAUGCACACAUAACCACUCUUCUGGAAUGAAUUUAAAGGGGAAAGAGAAGAAUUUCCACAUGGUGUUUCCACUUUUGCGUGCAUUAAAACAGCGAGAACUCAUUUCCAUCGCACUUUCAUCAAAAAUCAUCUCAAAGUACUGUUUGAAGUUCAUUCAUUCGUUUAUCUACGGUCGGAUAUAUCAGCGUGUACGUAUGUUUGAUAUUUCUAUUCAAUAAAAAACGAUCCAAUGAUUAUAAUUAUUAAUUAUUAUAAAUGCACUUGGGUGGCGAAACCUUUUCUGAGCUGCUAAUUAAACAAACUUUAGUCCAACUUUCUAUAAUAAUAAGCGUGUAUUGUAAAACGCAUGCGACGAUUUUUUCAACUUGUACUAUUAUAAUUAAUUACCGUAUAAUAAUUUGUAUAAUCAGACGCCAUUUCAAACGAGAAAGAAUGAACAAAACUUAUCAAUGCGAGAGCAAUUUCUUGUGUAUAUCAAACGAUUAGUUGAGAAAAACAGAGGUUAUAAAUAAUGAAAAAACACACAAAAUUUCACACUCCUGCUACUGACGCUGAUUUAACAUAGGUGAUUAGGUGAUUUUAUAUUUAUAAGCUAAUGCGAGAUGAAUGGUUAAUUGAUUGCAAUCCUCAUUUAUAAAACGACCUCUUGAGACCUAGAGUUUUAACACACACGGACGAUUGGUUUAAUUGGCAAAAUGCAAAAGUUUACCUAAAUGAAGAAACAAAAAUUUCAAAUUUCAGAGCGGUGGCCACAUGUGAGUGAAGAAGAUUAUUAUUAAUAUUAAAUUAUUCGUUUGUAACUGCGAAAUAAAUGUACGGUUAUUAUAAAUAAGAUUAGUUGGACUUCUGAAGAGGAAAUUUCCUUUCUGAUAGUUGACCAGAAAUAUCUACUGCAAUAUUUUUACAGAAAAGACUUUUUUGCUGUUAGAGAAAGAGUUAUAAGCAGAAAAAUUAUAUUUCCGAGUUGUAAAUAUAUAACUGAAAAGAGGUUAAUUAAUGCGAGAAACACAAUACAAAAAAAAAACACAUACACACACAAAUGAUGAGAAACACACACCCACACACACAUUACAAGAAAUGUAGGCGAGAAGUAUUGUUACAAGAUAAUGGUUUAUUUAUCACAAUCAACUAAUAGAGAGAUGCGAUGAAUGAAUUAAUGCGAUUAAUUAAUUCUUGUAACGUUAAAUGCGUUUAAUUUUAAUUAUGUGUUAACGACCUAGCAAACAGAAAUCGAGUAACUACUCAUCUUUAAUACAACAAGAGCAAAAUAUAGUUUAGCUUCUUUUGUAUAAACGAGACGAUAAGCGAGACACACGUUCUCACUUGAUUUUUGUUGUACGCGUUUUUGCUUCUCACAAAAAAUACACUCGAAAGGAAAAAUAGCAAGAAAAACUGGGAAAAUGAUGAUUAAGGAAAAUCAUGAAAUUUCAAAAAUCACAUAAAUAUUGUUGACACUUUAGGUGAUGAUGAUGAUAUGAUGAUGAUGAUGAAGAUGAAGAUGAUGAAAACUAAUAAAUUUUGAUGGUACUGUCCUACAUUUUGUUAUAUUUUUUGAAAUAAAGCAAAGUAGCCUUUCAGUGCAGCUUCAAACUGC